CGUAUCUACCUUGCAAUGACAUUGUCUGCUGUACUACAAAUCGUGGGCUCUGAAUGCUCCAAACGUCAACAAUGUGACUUCAAGUGCACGAGCUUGCGACCGAAUGGUUUUCGUGAAAAUAAGGUUAAAAUGUUCACACCUCGCAAAUGCGGCGUUAAAUUCGAUCCUCCGACCCUCGUAGUUUACUAUGAAGUCAAACGUACAGGAAAGCUGCACAAACGAUCGAUGCCAAUAAGAAAGUUAAACAAAGAUUCAAGCAUUCCAGAUGUGGUAACUGAUUUAAAGAAGAGCUCCAAUCAUGGAAAAUAUUUAGAAGAUAUCUCACACAAACAGUUAGAGAAUCUUCUAACAAUGAUACAAAACAAAAUGAAUGGCAAAGAUCCGAUUCAACUCAAGGAUUCCGCACUCCGAUUAAAAUCAUCACCAAACAACAGUGACCAAGAGGAAGACUUAAAUAAACUGGAUGAUUACGAGCUCGACAAGAGAAAAGCUGACAUGGACAAGGAUUUUGAAAAGAACCGAAUCAAACCUGGAGAUGAAGACUUCGUGUAUGACAAGGAAGUGGAGUUCAAUGAGGGCAAGAUAGAGUCAGGAUGGGACGAUGAUGACGAAUAUUCUGAUCCAGAGUUCUGAAAUUAUUUAUAACAAGCAUUGAAUUGUGGAGGUUGUAAAAAAAGGUCUUUUUUUACUGCAGUUUGCGAUUUUGGUAUAUGGAUAUUAUGCAUUUAGGUACAUAAAUUCUGGAUGUUUGGAGAACUUUGGUCGUGGGAAUUUCUACAGUAAAUUAUUUUAUAUGCAAUACGAUCAACGUCUUAAUUUAACAUUCCAAUGUUUCUCUUAAUAAAAAGAAUGAUUUAACUGGUCAUAGCAAGAAUGAGCAUAAAAUUAUUUUUUGCUAAGUCACUUUUUUUUUUGUCAAGUCCUCGAAAGUUUGCUAGAUCCUUCAAAAAAAGUUCUCCAAAAGGAAAAAGGUAUUUUUAAGAAACAAAGUCUUUACAUCUUCACCAACAGUCCUUCGAAAAUCAACAGAAAGCACAAGCUACUCUAAAUGGCAAGCUCAAACUGGUUUCAAUGAGAACUUUCCAACAUUUAAAUUUAAGGAAAAAUCAUAGGUAUGACAAAAUUCGUAAAUCUGAUUGGUUACCAGCAGCUCGGCUGUUGUAGGACAGAUAUACUAAAAUGGGUUUCCUCGCGUGGAUCUCAAGUUUGUUAUGAUUUAUAACAUGACUGAGUCGUCCAAUAGGCCUUUUUGCAACACUUGGUCACGUGACCGAUAAUUUCUAAACUUUUAUCUACAGCUAAGUGAAUUUCGGAAUUGGAAAGAGCGUGUUUUAAAUAGCCAGAAAACCAAUUUCAAGUAAGGUUGAGUUCUAAUGACGAUUUAUAUAUUGCACAAAUUAGAAGGUAUUGUGUAGAAGUGAUGAAGUGAUGAAGUGACAAGCGAGAGCUGAAAAUACGUCUGCGUUCGAAGGCUAACACCACGCCGGUGAAAUUCGAAAACGGCGUUUUCGCUCUGAAAACACAUCAGAUGUUUUCCUUUCACACUACGCCGGAGAAAUUUAAAAACGCAACAAUCACCGGUCAUUU